AUGGCUUCUGACACUCUGAUUCCGGAUACGCGAGUUCUCGCAAUCGCCAGCCAUGUAGUCCACGGCUAUGUGGGCAACAAGAUGGCGACCUUUGUUAUGCAGUCACUAGGGUGCGACGUUUCUGCGAUCAAUACCGUACACUACAGCAAUCACACGGCGUAUAAACAAAUCAAAGGCACGAAAACGUCGGCUGGCGAGAUUCUCGAGCUUUACGAAGGCCUCCGCCAAUCCAACCUUAACAACUUCGACGUGCUCCUAACAGGAUAUAUGCCCAGUGCCGAGGCCGUACAAGCGAUAGGAACGAUUGGAAGGGAUAUCAAGUUCAAUGCGGGUACAAAGCCUGGCAGCUUCUUCUGGGUGCUUGACCCGGUCAUGGGAGACAACGGCAAGCUAUACAUACCUGAGGACGAGGUACCAGAGUACAAGGCAUUGCUGCGUGAGGCAGAUCUGAUCCUACCCAACCAGUUCGAGGCCGAACUACUCUCUGAGACUCCAAUCACCGACCUCAAGUCUCUCGCAGCUGCAAUCCAGGUACUCCACACGAAAUACCAAGUCCCACACGUUAUCAUAACAUCGCUCCGCUUGACCCGCGACAACCAAACAGUGUCCUCGAGACCAGUAUCAAAAGCCGGCACAGGAACCCACACCCCUUCAAACACCCAAGCCCACGAUGCAGCAACCUCCCAUCCCUCAACCUGGGAGAACCUCCCCAAGUCCCAACAAACCCCUCUCACCUCCGACUCGGACGACAUUGAAAACCUAACUAUCAUCGGCUCAACCGCAACCUCUGACCACAAACCCCGCCUCUUCCGCAUCGACACGCCCCAACUCCCCCUCUUCUUCUCAGGCACCGGCGACAUGUUCGCCGCCCUCACCAUCCCCCGCCUCAUCGAAGCCGUCCACUUAGCCUCAACCCCCGACUCCCCCCUCCACUCCACCCCCAGCUGGCGCUCCCCGGACUCGGUCUCCGCCACCGACCUCCCCCUCGCCCGCGCCUGCCAGAAAGUACUCGCUUCCAUGCAAUCCAUACUCACCAAAACAACAGCGACGUGCUUGACCCGCAUGCAAGAAUAUGACGAGAGGGUUGCGGCGAGUGCGGGUAAGGUGAGGACUGAGGAGCAAGCCGAGGCGCAGAAGAAGAGGCAUCUUGCGCUUAUGAAUGCGAGUGAGGUUACCGUUGUACGGUAUGUGAGGGAUUUAGUAGACCCGCCGGAUGUCGACAGGUUUGAGGCUAAGGCGGUGUAG